AUGACAGCCAUCAACUCAGCGGCAGUCUUCCAUCCCACCAGGGAUUUCCUACUUUACUCAGCAGCCGUUGGUCUACCUCUCAACUUCAUCCGCUUCAUAAUCAUGGUCCGACCCGCUGCCUUCUUCACCUUUAUCCUCCUCAUCUUCUCAGCCAUCUUUGGCUUCACCAUGAAACGCCUACACCGUCAAGGCGCGCAUCUCAAGUCAACAUUCGCCACGCCCAUCACUGACCCGCUGAACUGUCUCAUUGCCGAUAUCUCGAUGGGUGUCCUCUCUCUUUUAACGCUCAGCUUCACGUGGACGCACAACAGCUGGCAGGAUACUGGGGAGACCUUUCUGGUGGCUUAUGCGUCAACACCGUUGAUGUUCAACAUGUUCCUCCAUUUUUACCUGGCGCUGCUUGUGUUGUUGAGGACGCGCAAGAUGCAGGAUAUUGUUCGGGAACUCAUGGGUGACUUGGUGUCUAGCACGCCUCAUCCUUGCCCGCACUGUCAUGGCAGACCGGAAUUUCACGAUGAUCAUGAUGAGGAGCAGCCGCUGGUGACGCCCCCAGCCGGAGAUCAAGAGGAUACACAUGAGAGCGGAGCUGCUGGCCCUUCGAGCGUCUGGAGCCGUUAA